AUAUUGAUGUUAUCAUAGAAUUCAAUGAUGAAGACGUGGUAUGGUAGAUAUUUCUUGUCUUAAUGUAGAUAUUAAUGUAGAGUGGUAUGUAAGAAAAAAUGUGGUUUUGUGGCUCUUGUAAGCAGAGUGGGAGGUAAGCACACAUUCAUGAUGAAGACGUGGCAUGGUAUUCACUCGUGUACAAGAGAUCCCAAUAAUAAGACUGCAACUGCGAAGUGGGUGGCACAAUUAAUACUUAAUACCAUGAGCACAAGUGACCAUAUGAAGGUAAAUGACAUUUUGACUCACGUAAGGAAAAAUUUCUCUGUCAACAUCAGGUUUUGGAGAGCUUGGAAAGCAAAACAGAUGGCUAAGGAAAUUGUAGAAGGUAAUGCUGCACGACAAUAUAAUCUAUUAUGGAGAUAUUCUGCAGAGCUUAGGAGGGUAUCUGAUAAUGGUAACACUUGCAAAAUCACAAUUGAGAGACCACAUCCAACUUUACAACCUAGGUUUGGAAGCUUUUAUUUUUCAUUUGAUGGUUGCAAAAAGGGGUUUUUGAAAGCAUGUCGACCUUUCAUUGGAGUUGAUGGUUGUCAUCUAAAAACUAGAUAUGGGGGGCAGCUUCUCAUUGCAGUCGGAAGAGACCCAAAUGACCAGUACUUUCCAUUAGCAUUUGGAGUGGUUGAAACUGAGACCAAAGAAUCAUGGAGAUGGUUUUUGACGUUGCUACUAGAGGAUAUUGGACAAGAAAAAAGAUGGGUUUUCAUUUCUGAUCAACAAAAGGGGUUGAUUCCUGUUUUUGAAGAGAUGUUUGAAAAAUUAGAACACAGGCUAUGUUUGAGGCAUCUAUAUGCUAACUUUAAGAAAAAAUUUGGUGGAGGCACUCAAAUUAGAGAUCUCAUGAUGGGGGCAGCUAAGGCAACAUACAUCCAAGCAUACGAGAAGAAAAUGUCAGAGCUGAAAGUAGUAAAUACAAAGGCAUGGGAGUGGCUAGUAGGACAUCAAACAAAGUUGUGGUGUAAGCAUGCUUUCUCAUUUUUUUCAAAGUGUGAUGUCCUAAUGAAUAAUAUUUCUGAGGCUUUCAAUAGUACUAUCUUGGUUGCUAGGGAUAAACCAAUUAUCACUAUGUGUGAAUGGAUUAGAAUUUAUCUGAUGAAUAGAAUGACAACUUUAAGGUAUAAAAAUGUUAAGUACCAACAAAGGAUAAUGCCUACACCUAUGAAGAGAUUGAACAGGGAAGUUGAACUUAGUGCAGGUUGGUGCUCACAUUUGUCUAGUGAAACUGAAUUUCAGGUUGAACAUCAUCAACAUGCUAGUAGUUUUAUUGUUAAUUUAGACAAAAGAACUUGUACAUGUAACUUUUGGGAAUUAGUAGGCAUACCAUGUAGACAUGCCAUUUCAGCUAUGGGAUUCUCAAACCAAAAUCCUGAGGACUUUGUUGAUCACUAUUAUUCAAGGGAGGCAUAUGAACUUUGCUAUAGUUUUAGUGUUAGCGCUAUUAAUGGUCAAGACAUGUGGCCUGAGGCUGAAGUUGAAGUUGAAGAUAUGUUACCCCCACAAUACAAGAGAGGUCCUGGUAGACCAAAAAAGAUGAGAAGAAGGGAUGCUCAUGAAGAUGCAAAGCCUAGAAAACAAAGGCCUGCGCCUAACAGGUGUACAAAAUGUGGAAAUCCUGGUCAUAAUACCAGGGGUUGCAAGAGCACAGAAGUGAACUCAGAUGCACAACGCAGACAGAGAAAACCAAAGAAAAAUGUUGAAAAUGCAUCUGCAUCUAAUGGAUUUGUUAAUGCAUCUACCACAGUUGGUACUGCAUCUAAUGCAGCUGAAACUGCAUCUACCGCAGUUAGUACUGCACGUGUUGUUAAGGCACCAAUUGAAUGCCUUUUAGAUGAAAAUGAUGACAAUGUUUUGUACGGCACCAAAAAAAGAAAAGAAGAGAAAGUACGCAGGACCGCAGAAGAAGGUGAAACUCCAAAAAUGAUGCAAUGUGAACAAGACAAGUGAUUUUUAAGUUUCAUUUUGAUGUAUUAUGUAUUAUGGUGGCCUAUGUAAAUCAAAGGAUAAUAAAGGAUAAUGAAUAAACAUAGACAAUAAAGGAUAAAGGACAAUAAAGGAUAAAGGAUAAUAAAGGAUACUGAAGGAGUUAUAUAAAUCAAAUUUUAUUUUAAGUAAUUUCAUUUUGAUUUAAACAUAGACAAUAAAGGAUAAUGAAUAAACUGAAGCUUUAAAUUGAAGCUUAAAAAAUGACAGAGUUAA